AUGUUCGGACCAGGCGAUCCGAGCGGCACCCGGGAAGUGCCGUGGGCAAAAAACGCAGAGUUGCUGAUUAAGCCGGAUGAGGUAAUCGCCGAUCUUCAAUGGCUGACGUUCGAGUGCUCGCGGCGGUGUAUGAAUGACACAGUGGCUUGGGCUGCAGAAAUCCUCGCUCACUGCGACGAUGCGAUGUACCAAGCCUUUGAGGCAUCGGAUUUGGUUCUUGUUGUCCCGCCGCAUCCCCACGAGGUUAUUGCCGAAAAUCGGUAUAUCCUGCUGGGGAGAGCGUUGAUGAACACGAAAGAGCUGGACCGAGCGAGCUAUUUUUUUGGGAAGGCGAAAGAUCGAGACGAGGGGGCAAGGUUUCUGCACUACUGGGCGCGAUAUUUAGCCAUCCUUCAAUUACGCUUGACUGAAGAAGGUGCAAUUUACGAAAAGCGGUUGGCGCUGCCGAAUGACCAAGCGCAACCCGUCGAUGACAAGCAACGCGGGCUGUAUGUGGGUACCCUAGAAGAUCUUCACCGAACUCUUUUGCAAGAAUUAGAAUUACCCAAACUGGCCACCAAGAAGAAACAAGAGCCACCGGAAGCAGAUAUUUUUAUGGAAUAUCUGCUCGGCCGCGUCGAGGCUACACUUGGGCAAUUUGACACCGCUUGGAACCGGUUCGCAAAUUGUAUCCGACGAGAGAAGAGAUUCUGGCCCGCGUAUGAAGCGAUUUACAAGAACAGCCAAGGCGAGCGCCAUCUGAAGGAGCUCAUAAACCAAUUCAACGAGUCCAAGCAGACGUACUGGCUUCAGAAUCUCUUCGAAAUGUACGCUCUUGGGAAACUCGGGCUGUUCCAGGAAAGCUUACAAUCUGCGAUAGGCUUGCUAAGCAGCGGGCUUCCAAAUCAACCAACGCUAAUCCAGCACAUCGCUUUCUGCCACCAUGAUCUCUACGAAAACAUAGAAGCGCAAGAACAGUACGAGAACGUCCUCAAGCUAGACCCGGCUCGCAUCCACGGCAUGGAGAAUUACGCCAAUUCGCUAUUUGUUCUGAACAUGCCCUCCACGCUCUACCAACUUUUGGCUCGAUUCUGGGGUCAGCGCUUCAAAUGGGAGCACUGUAUGAUCACAGGAAAUUUUCACGCGCUGCGCUCCGACCACUUCAAGGCUAUUCGUGCAUUCGAGAGGGCUGUACGCUUGAACCCGUUCAACUCGCGCCCUUGGACCCUGAUCGGGCACGAGUACAUGGAAUUGAAAAUGCACCCCGCUGCGGCAAUGGCCUAUCGACGGGCAUCUGAGCUGUCCCCACACGAUCCGGCACCGUUUUAUGGGCUCGCCACGCUCUACGACAUCGUCAAAAUCUACUCGCACAGUCUUCGCUACUACAAAAUGGCGUUCAAUCUACGGCCGUACGACUCGAGGAUGUUGGUCGGGCUCGGCGAGGCGUUCAGCAAAGUGGGAUCGUUUGACGAGGCGAAGCGCUGCUUCAUGAAGGCCUUCCUGAAUGGCGACGUCGAAGGCACAGCGCUGUUUUUGCUGGGCAGGGUCAACGAGCGGACGGGGCCCAUCGAGGAAACGGCGAAAGCCUACGAAAAAUACCUGAACGCCUUUGGGAGUAUUGCUGAUGAGAAGGAUGUGCACUACGUGCUGCGCUUUUUGUCCAACUACUCGUUCGAGCGCCAGAACUGGCAGGCGGCAAAGUUCUACGCGAUGCUGUGCAUGGAUCACGAAGAGACACGCCCGGACGGCCAGAAGAUGCUCAACGACUUGAGCAACGUUAAUGGCGAAACGGAGCACGCGAAAAUGGCUGAUCAAUCGACACGCCACGACGUCGACACUUCGCAAGGGACGAUGGAUGUGGCGGACGGUGAUGAGAGUCUCGAAUUCGACGAC